AUGGAACGUGAUCCAAAAUAUGAUGUUCCAUUUGAAGUUGUACAGAAGGCUAUUGAAGAAAAUUGGUCAAAAUGUAAAUACAACGAUGUACUGAAAAAGUAUAAUGACAAUAAGAAUAAGAAGAAUAACAGUCAAAUAACAAUAAAUGGAGUUGUGAUUGAUACACCGUAUGUACGUCCAAAACCUGAAGAACUUUUUCAAAUAGAAGAAACUGAAAGAAAAGCAUUUGAAGAGUUAAAACAAAAAAUGGAUGAAUAUAAUUUAAAAACAGGGAAUUUUGAUCCUGUAUCUGAAGCAAAAUGGUUAAAUUAUCUUCAGAAUAAACAAAAGUCAUCUGAAAUCGUAAAAUCUUCAUCGAAUCAGUUAAGAAAAGUUCCUUUCAUCAAAAAACGUAAUAUAACUAGCGCUACUACUUAUCGGAGAGAGAAUUAUCAAAAAUACUUUCCAAAUGAAACAUUGAAAACUUUUAGUGAUGGUGAUAAUGCUGCUGCUGAUGAUGGUGAUGAUGGAAAGUAUAAGGAAUUAAAUGAAUUCUUAGAACAAUAUAAAGUAUCCGAUGAACAAUUGAAUUCAAUUUUCAAUCCAACAGAAAUUGAAUAUGAUGAUAAAUCGGCUAUAGAAAGCUUUCAUAAAAACAAUUCAAUCAUUGAAUAUUUACAACGAACUUCUGACAGAUAUGCUAGUAUACAGAGGAAAUUUAGUGCUACGCAUAAAAAUGUUGAGGAAAAAAAAAAUGAUACUUCUAUCCAUCUUCAAACUCAAAUGAAGUCGCUAAUGAAUAAGAUACAAGAAGAUAAAAAUAUGGAUAUGAUUAAAAAUAAACCUUUUGAAAAAGUUAAUAAUUCAACUGAGCAAGUUACAGAAGAUCAGAAGACCUGUGUAAAAUCACCUGAAAAGCGAUCAAAUGGAAAUCAGUCUACAGAGUCAAUGUAUCAAACAAACAUUAGGGAUAAAGUCGACUCAAAUACAUUGGGAAAUCAUCUAGAAACAUUAAAAAUGAAUGAAAUUCGAAAAAUGAAAAGAGAAGAGAUUUGUGAAGAAUUAUUGAAAUCUGUGGAUAAAACACAACUGAGAGAUCUGUUAGUCAAUGAGAAAGUGAGUUUCACUCCAGCUAUUCCAAUAAUACCAUUGGAAAUAAAACAAGCAAACAAUACUACUGAUAAUAUGUUUAUUCAUCUUGCAAUUGAUCAAUUAAUGAUUGUCAAAGCUUUAAAUGAAUCCCUUGAAUCCAAUGAACAUAAUGCUGGCGGUCAAUUCAAACAAUCAAUUUUAAACAAUAAUUAUCAUUCAAUAGAAUCAAUGUCAAUAUUCUAUGGAAUUCUUUCAUGGUUUAUCCAGUUAUCAGUAUAUGGUGUUGAAAUUCACUUUUCUGAAACAGCAGUUACGCUGAGGACAAUAGGUUUAAUACAAACAGCUUCAUUGUGUUGUAAAGGAGCAAAUCAAUUAGAAAAACCAAUAAUAAAAUGUCUUCUACAAGCUAGUUUAUGUCAUUUAAAGGAUAAUAAAGUUUCCAUGGAUGAUCUAAAGUCAAUCAUCAGUAGAAAGUGUUCAGAACAGAUAAAUCAAUGGAAAAUCUAUAAUGAUUGGAUAUAUAAUCCUGUAGGAAUUCAUCUACCAAAGUUAAAUGUUCCAAUAUCAUUGAAUAUUUUCAAUAUUCAAUUCAAUCUUUCUAAUUUUUGGUUUCAAACACAACAUCAAACACAACCUAAUUCUUAUAUUGGUAAAAUCCAAAAUGACAACACUAUAUGGAACAUUGAGCCUAAAAAAGACCAAGAUAUUGAUGAAAAUAAUAUUUUGAAUAGUGAGUAUGAUCAAUGGAUUAGAAAUAUUCACCCAUUAAAACAAAACUACUGCUGCUUAAAAUCCCAUUCAAUAUAUGCAUUGAACAUUGAACAGUAUUGUACAACUAUCAUUGAAAUCAAUCUAUCACAGUUACAGCUAAAUAUUAUUGGACAAUUUAUCUAUAGUUUAUUGAUUAGUCUCCAUUUAAGAAAUUUAUACAUAUCAGGUAUUCGUAUUGCUUGGUUAUCUUCUAAAAAUCCAAAUAAUAAUGAUAAUAAUGAGGCUGGUAACAAUCUAGAACCUUACUUAAUCUUAGCUAUUCGUGGAAUUCAAUCACACAUUGCAAUCCAACAUAUUUUAAACUGGUUUGCAAGCAAACAAUCAAUACUGUUAUCUAAAAGUGUACAAAUACAUGGCAGUUGUUAUGAAGAUGUGAAUAAGGAACACAUUAUUCACUGGUUUGGUCCUCGUCUUACUCAUCCGUCAACUCUGAAUUACAUUAAAACACUUAAAGAUAACUUAUCAAUAUUGAAUAACAAUCAAAAUGAACAUUGGGUUAUUGAAUACCAGGCAACUAGCCUAUUUUUAUUAUUAUCUUCACAAUGUUAUCAGUUAAUACCAAAAUUAAUUGAAUUAUUAACCCUAAAUUAUGGUUAUAAAUUAGUUGAUUUAAAGUAUUGGAAUCCUGUUCAAUGUUCCAAUGAUGUAAAUUUACAUGAUUUGAAACGAUAUUUCAAUGAUUUAAUUAUUAGUCAACAAUUUCUGUGGAUAAAUCAGUCUAAAUUAAAUACUACUACUACCAUUACUACUUCUACUGAUGAAAUUAGUAGUCAAUUAAUUUGUAAAAAUUAUUAUUUGAUAAUUAUUAAACAUGAAAAUGCUGUACAACAUUUGGAAUGUUUAAAAGAACAAGUGAAGCUACCUACAAGUAAUACUGAUGAGAAUGCAACAAGUCAAGGUCAACUAGACUUAUCAGCCAAUAAGAAUCCAGCAUAUCCAGAUUGUGAAUCCCUUAGUUUUAUAUUAUGUAUACCAUGUUUAAACGUUGUGCCACAAAAUGAAACUGGUCACCAUAGUAAUAAAAUAAACAAAUCAUCACAUCCUAUUCUUCAUUUCACUAAUCUUCUUCAAUAUCUUAUUGAUUUCAAUGAAACUAAUCAAUCUUCUAUUAAUAUUAUCUCAAUGAAAUGGAUAAGUCUGCGCCAACUUACUGAUAUUCAUCGAAAAUUGAUUAAUGAUUUGUUGUAUUUGAAUAAUACGCAUAAAAAUGUACAGCAAUGUUUAAAUUUAUUCGAUGCAUUAUCUUUAAAUCAACAUAAUAACAGUAAUGAUCAAUGUUCAGUUGGUUGUGUUUUAAUUCACGGUGAAAAUUUACUACACUGUUUAACUAAAUGGUUUAAUUCAAAUCAAAUUUAUUUUACUUUGGAUUUGUCAAGUGUUAAAAAGUUAUCUGAGAUAUUUUUCAGUUCAACUGAACUUUGUACAUAUUUUGAUUACACAACAAGAUGUCAAAUAAACAGUCAGUUAUCCACUUUAUCUGAUAAGGAACAAUUUAAACAUGUUUGGAAUGAAAUAAUCAAUUCUUUAGUGAAUCAUAAAUGGUGUAUAAAAGAAUGUUGCCUUCAAAUAAGCUAUCAUCAUCAUCAUCAUUCCGAGAAGUUUAUAUCCCCAUCGAACUGGUUGAAAAAUUUAUGUCAAAUAUUAAAAAUUUUGUUGAGUGAAGGUUUUAACAUAACUAACUUGUAUACAACAAAAACUAAUGAGGCUUGUCUAUCAGUUAGUCGUGUCAACGCCGUAAAUCGACUACGUCAAAUGAAUUGGAUAGCAGAUGAAAUCGUAUCGAUGCAUAAAACACCAUUACAGUUGUUAAAAGAAUUAAUUCAUGCUCAACGUUCAAAACUACAACAAUCUGAUGAAUUCCAUCUUUCUGAAAUUCCAUCAAAUGAUGAAGCAGUACAAAGUGAAUUGGCUAAAUUUCAUGAAAGACAAUUCAAUAAAAAUACAACAAUUGAGAUUUACAAUGAUCUUACAGAUACCUGGUCAACAGUAAAAUCUAAUCAAAUGAACUUAAUUAUCAUCCGUUAUGAUGAAUAUAACACUACUGGGGAGGCUAUACAUUCGACAGAUGACAAUAUCAGUAGAAAUAAGCAUCAGAUUCUUUUGAAUAUAUUGAAUAAAAUAAGAAAACAUGAAUUCAUUCUAGCUGCUUUGUAUUUGGGUUACGUUGACAAAGUACACAUCAGUCUAUUCGAUAGAGUUCAGUUGAAAAACUGUCAAAAUAUUAAACCUAUGGACAAAUUGGCACCAAUUCAAUCAUUUCUACUGCCAAUAUGUCGAAUUACAAACCGGUAA